AUGGCCACCGCCAUUCAGCCCAAUCCGCCCGCAGCCGACGGUGCGCUCCAGUACAGCAGGAGGCACCAUCGGCGCCACCAACCAUUCGGCCGACCCCCGUCCCCGCUCUCGCCUCGCGUACCCGCUCCGCCUACCAACUACAUUAACCCCCUCUGUAACCGCACCUUGUCGCCGGAGAGGGAGAGCCCGAGCGACGGGUCGGUGGAAUGCCCCCGCACGCCCCCGCCGCCACGUACCUUCCAGCCCCCAUGCUCCUGCCGCAGGGCACGGACACCUCCGGCGGGAAACGGAGGUGGACCGGAGUGCGUGAUGCCCCUGGCAGGCCUCACGGCCUGCGGGCCAUUCCUGACUGGAGCCCAAGACCAAACCCCCACGCCGCAGAGCGAGUGUUGCAGCGGGCUCGGGGCCUUCUUGAACGCCUCGUCGACCCUGCGCUGCCUGUGCCCGGUGAUCCUGGGCGACGUCAACAAGAUGCUGCCCAAGCCUGUGGAUCCCAUAAGGAUGAUCUACCUGCCCAUCGCCUGCGGCGUCGUGCUUCCACCCCAGGUCCUCUACAUCUGCUUCAUAUGCAUUUCCUUUUCUUUUUCAUCGCCUGCAGCCGGGCGCCCAGCCCCCGCCGCAGUAGAAAGAUUCUCUCAACUCUGGGAGGCGGAGGAAACCGUGUCUCCAGCUCUGCCACCGUGAUCAUUCAUCGUGCAUGACGAUCGGAGCGGAGGGCGCGGGGGGCAUGAAUGAAUGAACGA